CGUAAGCGCGUCUAGUGGAGCUGCAUCACUCUCUCCUCUCUCAUCUUAUAUGAGCGCAUUUCAGCGCGCCGCAGCCCUCUAUCGCUAUUCACGGAGGGGGUAGCCCGACUCCUCUCCGCUCUCCUCCGUUCUGUCUCAGAGGUGGAUGCCAUGCCAUCGGAUUUUCUCCAUUUAUCAGCUGUUUGCAUUCACAUGACAAACGCGCCGGGGCUAUUUUAAGGGUAGGAGAUCCCUCUUGGUGGCGACAUUACAGCAGAUGGAGAGAGCCCUCCAUCAGCCUCAUCAGCUACUGUCAGUCACAUUAAGAUUGAGCCAUUCAGUACCAUGGACCUUUAGGAGCAGUAAUGGCAACUUGCUGUACCUCUCGCUCUGAUUGGAUAGACUUGUAGCAUGCGUUCCCUACGUAAGACUGUGCUGUUAGCUCUGGUAGCAUCAGUGGUGCUGGUUUUGGCAGUGCUACAUUCCUGGCCCACGCGGGUCUACAGCACUGUGGAUGUCCGGUACAGACCGGGUCCUGGAGCUGAGCGGCUGCUGGAGGAGAGACUUCCCGAACCGGAUCCCAGCACUAGCACCAUCCCUUACCGAGUGAGGGAGAGUGUGGCCAGGCUUUUGGCUCGCAACGGGUGUGUUUGUGAAGGAGAGAGCAGAGGGGUCAACCUGCCCUUUGCUCAGCUGUUGUUCCCUAGAGUGUCUGCCCAUCCCCUGCACACUGCCUUCCAGGCCUCCCAGCUCCAUGAGAUGAAGAAACGGCGCGCCAAAGAGUAUCAGAGCUUCCAAAUGAGGUCGCAGACCCCUGCUGAUUUGCUGAUUGUAGCUGAAGCUAACAACCCUCUGCAGUACCCAACACAGGGUGUGGAGGUUCGGCCACUUAAAACUAUCCUUAUACCAGGUUUGGCCUUAAAAGAACUGCCCCGAGAUGUAUAUACGCUGAACUUUUCAGCAUCUCUGGGCACAUUUAAUGUGGCAGCAGAGGUGAAGGGGGUAAAGGUCAGGGGGGAUGGUGAGAUGCACAUGACCCUGAGCAGCAGCCUUUUGUCCAGUCUGAAUCGACAGCUCCAGUUUAUCACAUAUACUAACACGCUGUUCCACCCCAGCACAGCUGACACAGUGCAGUUAGACACAGAAGGACAUCAAGCUCUGUUUACCAUCAAGAUUCGUCAUGGAGUAACACCCAAACUCUACAACACAGGCUCUGAUGCAGAUAAAGAAUAUAACAUCAGUGCUCUCGUGACCAUAGCAACCAAAACCUUCCUGCGCUAUGACAAGCUUCAGGAUUUAAUUGACAGCAUACGACAGUACUAUCCAACAGUUACAAUAGUGAUAGCUGACGACAGUGAGCACCCGAAAACAGUAUCGGGCCCUUAUAUUGAACAUUACAUCAUGCCGUUUGGAAAGGGCUGGUUUGCUGGUCGUAAUCUGGCCGUGUCACAGGUCACCACCAAAUAUGUGCUAUGGGUGGAUGAUGACUUUAUCUUUACUGCCAACACAAAGCUGGAGAAGCUGGUGGAUGUGCUGGAGAAAACCACACUUGACCUGGUUGGAGGAGCGGUGCGUGAAGCCACAGGCUACACUGCCACCUACAGGCAGACGAUCUCAAUUGAAGCUGGAGAGGAAGACGGGGACUGUCUACACAUGCGGCGAGGCUUCCAUCACAUCAUCCAGGGCUUUCCUCACUGUGUUGUCACCGAUGGAGUCAUCAACUUUUUUCUUGCCAGGACAGAUAAAGUGCAGCAAGUGGGCUUUGACCCUAGGUUAGCCCGUGUUGCGCAUUUGGAGUUUUUUAUCGAUGGGCUCGGUUCCCUGCAUGUUGGAUCAUGUGAUGAUGUCAUCGUGAACCACGCCACCAAGAUCAAGCUGCCGUGGGGCCAGUCGGAAAGCGACAAAACGUACGCGAAGUUCCGCUACCCUCCUGCUUCAUCUGACGCAACGCACACCAAAAACGGUCUCUUGUACUUCAAAAACCGCUUCCAGUGUCUAACACACAACUGAACACACCUUGACUAUGCCUUCUUCCCUUUCUCUCAUCCUCCCUCAAACGAAAACUCUUCACCCUGAGUAGCUGUGAAGACACUGGAAGUGUGCCGUGUAUGUACUGUAUCUGGUCCCAUGUGAGUAUGGGGGAGUUCAAAUAGGCCUCUUCUUUUGGAAAGGGUCAUAAUGUGAUCAAACAUGACUGACGGAUGAGACGCGCAGUGAUGGCUGAUGAAGAUUUUUUUGAUACCUGAAGAUGUCGUAUUUUUGUGUCUCCUUUCCUUAGCUUUAUUUUUGUUCAGAAGAAGAAUUCUUUAGAUACAGAUCAAACCAUUCCGUAAAUUACACACAGCCGUCUUUUUCUCCUCAGCCAAUCAUGUUUCAGUGUCACAUUUAAAGGGACAGUGAGACCAAAAAUGAAUUCUCUCAUCAUUUACUCACGUGGAUGUUGUUUAAACUAUGACAGAAUUUUCAUUUUGAGUGAAGUAGUUCAACAGACGAGAAUACAGAAGAGGUUUCUUUUGAAACUGAAGAACGAAGAGAAGACUGUCGAGGUAAACAUUUUGAACCAUGACUUUUAGAAUUUUUAAAUCCAGUUAAAGGGAGACACCUUUGGGACAUUCACAGGGAAUGUCACAUCACCUCCCUGCCUGGCAUUAAUCAUGUGUGUACUUGUGUAUGUGCGUCUGUGUGUGUUUUAUUGAGGGUCAUCUCUCUGUACGUUUGCACUAAAACAAAUGGACUUCAAUUGGAGAGACUCGACCCUCAGCGUCACUAAAAGAAGGAACAGACUGAACAUCAUUAGCAAGCUGAAACCACAGACAAUCCAACAUAUCACUUUCAUUCUCUCUCUCCCUCUCACAUACACACUCCGACAGAUUUCCCAGCGAGAGAUGGAGGGGUGAUUCAUUGUCCAUCAGUAAAAUCUGAAUUUGAUAUUUUUCUGUUUUAAAGAGUGACUGUGCCAAAGGCUUAAUCACUGUCCUGGUAUGACUUGUUUAUGGUUUGUACUUUUUAAAUUUUUAUUUUAUUCUGGGGUCUUUUUAAGAUUGUGUCCUAUUGUACUGAAGCAUGCAGCCUUGUUUCAAUAGCAGCCAGAAGUGAAGCAGCAACGUCCAAUGCUGCCUUUUAUAAAUUUAGUUAGCAUCACUCAUCAUAAGCAUAUAAUCCAAAGGCACUUAUUGUAAAGGCUUUAUUUAUUGAUUUAUUUAUUUAUUUAUUUGUUUGAGCUGGAUUUCGUCCAUAGCCAGUUUUUUUUGGGGGGGGUGACAAAAGUCACUGUCCAGUCAGUGACUUUUGCUAUGCAGAAUGGCUAAGACAACUAACCUUACUAAAAUAAAAAAGCAACUUUUUAGAAUAAAUUGCACAGAUGUGCAAAUAACAAAAAAAUAUUAUCAAUCAAAAUAGUUAUUCAAAUGUCAGUCUGUAUCUAUAUCAAAAAUAUGGACACACCUACUGAUUCUUUAUUCUGUAUUAUAAUACAUUUUAUGAAAAUGUCAAACCUAAAAAAAGCUACAUUUUAUAUUCUAGCUUCUUAAAGGAUUGGUUCACUUCCAGAACAAAAAUUUCCAGAUAAUUUACUCACCCCUUUGUCGUCCAAGAUGUUCAUGUCUUCUUCAGUCGUAAAGAAUGUUUCUUGAGGAAAACAUUUCAGGAAUUAUCUCUAUAUAGUGCACUUCAAUGCUGCUCCCAAGAUUAAACUUCCAAAAUGCAGUUUAAAUGCAGCUUCAAAUGGCUCUAAACGAUCCCAGCCGAGGAAGAAGGGUCUUAUCUAGUGAAAUGAUCAGUCAUUUUGGAAACAAGUUCACAAUUUAUGUACUUACUAACCUCAAAUGCUCCUCUUGUCUCAUCUCUGCGAUGCGCAUAUGCAGGGUCAAUACAGUAAGGGCGUGUCGACAAACUCCCAUCUCAUUUUCUUCUUCAACUUCAAAAUCGCCCAUAAAGUUGAGGGAUUCUAAACUUUGUUGCAUCGCUGGACACGCCCCAUCCGCUCGAUGUUGCGCUUGUCACCGGAAAUCGCCAGCUCUCCAUUGAAAUGAAUGGGAUCGUGUCGCUUUGUAUAUAUAGAGUAUAUAUAUAAAGUAUAUAAACUGUCAAUUUGUUUUGAAAAUGACCAAUCGUUUUGUUAGAUAAGACCCUUUUUCCCCGGCUGGGAUUGUUUAGAGCCAUUUAAAGCUGCAUUUAAACUGCAUUUUGGAAGUUAAAACUUGGGGGCACCACUUAAGUCCACUAUAUGAAGAUAAAUCUUUAAAAGUUUUCCUCAAGAAACAUAAUUUCUUAUCGACUGAAGAAAGAAAGACAUGAACAUCUUGGAUGACAAUGGGGUGAGUAAGAUAUCUGUAAAUUUUUGUUCUGAAAGAUUCAAACUUUUCCCAGUAAAUCCAUUAAAACAUUUUUGUAAAUUAAGAAAUUAGGUUUUUAAAAGACAUUUUAAGAAGACACUAAGUGUGUUUUAAAAAAAUAAACCUUUAAAAUCAAAAGCUCAUGAAAAUCUUAACUUCAGAUGUCAACUCAGAUGUGUCCAGACCUUGAUUUGUACUCUGUAUUUGAUAGAAAUAAAAAAUAAUGACUUGAGCUGUACGUAGCCACCUUCUGUAGAGUAAAAACGUGUAAGAAGUUGAUGUAAUUGCUGUCUAAACCAAUGCAUAGCAUCCUUGUGGAUAAUUUUAGUUAUGUUUGUUUACAUAUUGUUUGUUUUAUGUGUGUGUGUGUGAGAGAGAGAUAAGUGUUUUUUAAACUACAUCAAGUGGGCUUUACAUUGUCACUCAUGAACAGCAUGAGGCCCUAAUGACUGUUUGCUGCAUUAUCCAUUGAACCAUGAAUUCUUCAAAUAAUGUUCAACAUUAUGGCCUUGUCGAAGUGUGUUCGCGAGUAUGUGAUAGUUUUCCCUUCCCUUUCUGUUACAUGCUGUCUAAAAACGGUGCCAUACAGGAGUAAGUAAGUGUGUGAUUGUCCAGAAAGCCUUAAAAGAGGUUACGGAAGUGAAAAAAAAAAAAAGAGAGGUUCAGUACAUAAUGGAUUUUAAUGAGUACACAGGUUAAAUAUAACACACAAUGGUGUAGAACGGAAUUGAAAACUAACUCUUGUGCACUUGUUUUAUAUCUUGAAUGCCAUGUGAUGCCCCUCAAAACAGAAAAAAAGGUAUAAAAUCGUUUUAAACUUUAUCUCUCUUUCUACCAACCACUGAGCUUGUUUCAGUCCUGAAAAAGACAGGUGGAGGAUGCAGUCCUGCAAUACUAAGUACAGAGCUGCUAUGAUUCUGUUUGGAGAAUGCUUCCAUUUAUCUGCCCUGCAUAUUCAGGUGUAAGCAUGAGCGCAAAGUCAAAAAGGAGCAUGGCGUAAGGCUACUUGAUUCUUACGGUUAGUUUAGGAAGAGCUUAAAGUGAUGGCAGGUUGAACAGAUAUAGGAAGCUGAAUAUCAGAUUUUUUGGCUGUGAUGAAAUUGACUUUUUGAUGAUUUCUAUUUUCUAAAAAAAAACCCUCCCUGCUUCCUCCUCACUUCACUGCAACGAUUGUGUCUCUCAUCUCUGGGUUUCUCACUGUGUCUGCAUGACCCCUAAUUUCUGUUGUUGUUUUGUAUCUCUACCAGUAGGUAGCUAAUUCUCUGUCCCCCAAAAAAGUGUGGCUGCCUACUGAUCAUUUUUUAAAAGAACAUAAUGUAGUAUGCAAAUGUCCCUUAAAUAUAAAAGGGUAAAAGAAAAAAAAAAAACAAUGUUUUUUUGUAAAUGUAAGAAAAAGCAUUUGUUGUUGAAUGGAAUGAGAUAAAGGCUUUGUUGAUAACAU